AUGUAUUCAUGUUCAGGUGUGGAAACUAUUAAUAGCAAAAAGCCUCGUGUGAUCUUGCUGGGAGGUGGAUUAGCUGGCCUGAGAUGCGCUCAACAGCUGGUGACGGAGCAUGGCUUCAGCACAGAAAACGUUGUGCUUCUCGAGGCGUCGACGAGGAUUGGUGGUCGCAUCAGAACUGAUAAGUCCUUCAUCGAGGGAUUCUCCCUCGACUUGGGAGCUGAGUUGGUCCAUGGUGAUCAGACUUCGCUCUAUCGGCUCGCCGAGGAAAAGGGCUGGAAGAUGGAGGAGCUCAUUUCAUUGGCGCAGGGUGACGGGGGUCCAUUGCCGGCAGACAGCAACGACGGGUGGGGGCUCUUCUACGUUGGGGGCGAGAAACGCAUGCUUGCAUUGGACUCAAAGGACCCAGCCUUCGUGCACCUGAACGACUAUCUUGGAAGCCUGGCCGACUUGUGGCCUGCGAUCAAGCUCCAAGAGGGGCAACUCGUACUCGAGGACGAGGACGGACCAUCUGAGAUUGGCCCUAUGGAGUUGAAUCCUCCUCCCUCAUCAGGAGGAGAAGCGGCAGUAGCAAUUACAACAGCGAAAGUAAUAUCACCCCAGCCGUUGCAGCAGCGGGGGCAGCGGCGGCGGCAACCCCUCUCGCUGCGUGACGGGCUUGAGGCGGCCGGCGUGGGGAAGUCGAUGAUGGGCGUCGCUGAUGCUGGAUACGCGAACACUGUCGGGGCUGCUCUGGAAGACACGAGCCUGGCGGGCACGUGCUACGUGGAGCACGAGUGGGACGUGGACGGUGAUCGCACCUUCGUGCUCCAGACGGAUUGGCCUGUGUCUAAGGUGGAGUUCACCGCGUCAGGGCUGGCGACGGUCACGUGCAGGGAUGGGCGAAUAGAACAGGGCACGCACGUCGUGAGCGCCUUGCCGCUUUCGGUCCUACAGGAUGGGGAUGUGGAAUUCGUACCUCCGCUUCCAGAGGCGAAGCUGUCUGCCUUUCAACACAUGGGGCUCUGCAGCAUCGUGAAAGUGAUCCUCAAAUUCGAUCGCCGGGUGCUACCACAACUGCUGCACGGCUGCAUCUGCUCGGAGAGUUUUAUCCCGGAAUUCUGGUUUAGGCAUUUGCCUAACCUGCCCGAGGGGGGCUACACUAUGCUCGCGGUCGGCUUUGCUGCGGGGCCUCGCGCAGACGCGGUGACGUCUGUCAAGCCAGAAGAGGCUCUCAAGAAGGCCCUUGACCAGCUGGACGACAUGUUCAGGGGACGAAAGUGGCUUGAGGGUGGUGGGUGCACCGGUAAAGGCGAUUGGGAAGAAGCGGUGGAAGGAAACACCGGUAUUGCACCGGAGCACUGCGAACCGCACCGUGAGACCAGCGGUAGCGGGGGACAAGGCGAGGGCACACUAGCGGAGCUUCCGAGCUCAGCGUAUGUCGGAGGCCUAGUUCACGAUUGGGUGAAAGACGAGCCGUUCGUGCGGGGUGGUUAUUGCUACCCGCGAAUCGGGUUCGACGAGACUACUCAUGCUCAUCUGGCCGCUAGCAUCAACGGGACGCUGUUCUUUGCUGGAGAACACACCAAUACACCAACCGGGAUGACGGUCCAUGCUGCGAUCGACUCGGGAGAUAGGUAA